AUGGAGCCACCUGGCCCGGCCAAGCGACUGUGUCCCUGGCGUCCGUGUCUGGUCGUGUUGCUCCUGCAGCUCCUUCUGUCGGUGUGUUUUUUCUCCUACGUGCGCGUGUCUCGAGGCGAUCUCACUGGUUUCCUGCCACUGGGGCCCAGUGCCGUGGAAUCUGCCCAGGCAGCUCCCAGCCGGUCCCCGGAACUCCCUCCCCAGACCACCCCGGCGACCCUCACCCGCCGCCCCCUGCAGAUCCUGCUGUGGACAUGGCCCUUCCACAUCCCCCUGACUCUGUCCCCCUGCUCCGAGUUGGUGCCCGGCCUGGCCGACUGCGACAUCACGGCCAACCGCAAGGUGUACCGACAGGCGGACGCGGUCAUUGUCCAUCACUGGGACGUCAUGUUCAACCCCAGGUCCCAGCUCCCGCCCUCCCCCAGGCCACCCGGGCAGCGCUGGGUCUGGUACAACAUGGAGCCGCCCUUGAACUCCCGGCAACUGCGAGCCAUGGACGGGCUCUUCAAUCUCACCAUGUCCUACCGCAGCGACUCGGACGUCUUCAUGCCCUACGGCUGGCUCGAACCCUGGUCGGGCCGCCCCGCCCACGCCCCGCUCAACCUCUCGGCCAAGACGGAGCUGGUGGCUUGGGCGGUGUCAAAUUGGUACCUGCAGGAGCUGGGCAGGGACCCCGAGCGCUACCUGAGCUACUUCCGCUGGCGGGAGAGGCUGCGGCCUCGGUCCUUCAGCUGGAACCUGGCUUUCUGCAAGGCCUGCUGGAAACUGCAGCAGGAGUCCAGGUACCAGACGGUGCGCAGCAUAGAAGCCUGGUUCACCUGA